AUGAUUAUUAACGCAUUCAGAAGAGUAGCAGGUGGUAGACAGCCAACUACACAGAUUUCUAGAAGUAUACGCUCGUACACAACUGAACAGCCACUCGCUGGAGAAGCCAGGAUUCGUCAGAAGUUGACCGAGAGUUUCAAGCCGAUUAGACUACAAGUUGAGGAUGUAUCAGGUGGAUGCGGCUCUUUCUACGCCAUCAAUAUCGCUUCGGACUCCUUCAAAGGUCUUACUACUGUCAAACAACAUCGUCUAGUUAAUGAAACUCUUAAGGAGGAUAUCGCUGGUAUACACGGCCUUCAGCUUAAAACUGCAACAGAGUAG